AUAUUUUUUGAUUAGUUUUUGCAGCUCACAAUAAAAGAAAAACAAGUAUUCCAGAAAUAAAUAAAAAGUAUUUAACAAAAGGAAUAGAUUUUGUUGGGAGUACCUACGAAGUAGGUAUGUGUUCUGUGUGAAAACGAUUAAACAAACUCAUCAAGUGAAAUGGAUGCUGUUGUCUUGCACUCGGACAUUGCGCGUCUUGUGCUAGGCUAUUUGAAGCGACAAAAUUUAGAACGCACUUCCCGUUUGUUUUGCAAAACUUCACCGCAUCUGAAACAGGAAUUUUCAGCCUAUAGAAAAGGCUAUACGCCACAUACCUUCGGACCCGAUUUGGAGGAUAUCAUUUGUGAAUAUGUAAAUAUUACAUGUACAGUUGAUCGGCUUGUGUCGUCCUUACCAAGCAGCCUGCGUUUUCAAUUGUUCGAACGCAAGCUUUCAGAAAAAGUUAAUUUACUGCUCGAGCGGGCUUUAGAUUCUUUUUUGAAAGCCGAGCAAAGCGAAAGCAGUGCACUUAAAAAAAGCGAUGUCAAACGUAGUUCCGCGGCCAGCACGAGUGUGCCAUCGGAUAAAGAGAACACAACUAAAAAGCAAAAUAAACAAAAAAGGAAGCGCACAUGUUUAAUAUACUCGUCAGAUGAGCGUAAAAGUCCCGUCUCCUUGCAAAACAAAUUGACGAAAAGACGCCGCAUAUUAGAACCAUUUUGCUACCUUAGUGCGAAGCAAAAACAUAAUUUGCAACGCCUUCAAAAGGAGUCAGCAUCCUCAACUGGCGAUGAACAAACGCAGACUGAUGAUGGCGUUGAAGACGAGAGUGCCGAUGAAGAGGAUGCAGAAGUGCUUGAUAACGAAUCAGAUCUAUCGAUUAGGGAAAAGCCUACCCAGGAGUCAACGCCACGCAAUAUAUCGGUAAAAGGAAAAUUUCUAACACCAUCUGUGCCGGAUCUGUCUCAAGCUAUAUUAGAUAACCCGCAUUUUCAAAUGAAGCUAGUGGAUAAUAUCAAUCAAGCACUCAGCAGUUCCGUAAAUCCUGAUGGGCAAGCAAUUUUAUCCAACAUUAACAGCACAGCUGCUAAUAUACAAACAAACACUGAUACGCUAUCGGAGGAGCAGCAAAUUAUUAAUUCAAAUGAAAUGUUAGAUCAAAUGGUCCAGGAUAUAUUAAAGGCUACCGAGAAAGAUCCUGCAUUCGAUGCAAUUAUUGAAAACGUCGUUGGUGCGUCCGUACAAUCGACCAAUGUUUCGGCAGGCGUACAAUGCCAUAUCGAUAGUAAUCAACUACAAUCGCAGCUAGGCUUGCCAACUGUACCUCCUCUGUUAGGACAACAACAACAACAGCUUUUUACUCUUGUGCAACAACAACCGCAGCAAUCUUUGAAUGUGCCCUGCUUAGCUGCCAUAUCGCACGAGACUGCAGCUUCGACUACGACUCCACGUACACCGCUUCUUAUACGUACUGCCGUAGCAGCGGCUAGCACCUCGCAUAGCGGUGGUGGCGAUGCCAGUGCCGGAGAAUCGCAAGUGCUAUCCGCGCUAACCUCAAAUAAUUCGUUUGGUUCGUUGAUCGAUCCAAAUUUUUCCAUAUCAAAGUUGAUAGUUUUGAAUCCGAAUGACGGCGCACAGAAGCCAUCCUCUGCUGAUCAAAGUAUUGGAAAUACCACUGCUGAUCAGUUAAUUACCCAACUGACUAGUAGUGGAGCUGAGGCGACUGGAGACGAACAGGUUUUCUUCGAUGCUAACACAGGUCAAUUAACAAUUCCAUUAUUCCUUACCGACGAGGGGUUGCUGGCCAAUUUCCCAUUUCUUGUCAAUAAUGAGGCAGUAACACAACAACUUCAAACAGACAACAUCUGUAACAUGGAUGGCUCUCGUAUUGAAAUCCCUCUGCCGGAACCCAUUAUAGUAUCAGCAGACCAGUUACCACCAAAUUCUAUUAUCGUGACAAGUGCUCAGAAAGCAAUCACCGUAGAAGAGCAACGCUUGCCAGGCGCACAACAACCGCCCCGCACUGUCUGCAAGAAAACUAUGGAUGGGCCAGCGCCCUCCUCGUUAAACGUGCGUUCAAACGCGGAUGGUGAAACGCCCUCCACAAGUGGUAUAGUUAAUUCAAAAGCGUACAAAAGCCUGUCAACGCCUCGUAAGCGCACAUCGCAUGUACGUACACUUUCGUUUUCUCCGAAGGUGGAGGGCAAUAGGAUAGCUGCGAAAGCUGGUGCCACACCACUUUCUACAAGGCGUGAUGCUGUAGCUUCUACUACAGCACUCUUAGAAGACGGGGAAGUACCAGAAAACUUCUCGGUUGUACCAGAAAAACCUAUAAUAAAAAAUGUGGAGAUAUUACCACGCCUAGACGGCACAAUCGAUGUGAGCGCCAAUGAGAGCAGCAAUAGCUGCAGCGUACCUCCCUUGUUUGUAACAGAGGAGAGCAGCAACCAGACCGUCAUUAAAACGGAGCUAUCCCUCAAAGAAAGUAAAGAAGUUUCUCUGGCGGUUCAACCUAAGGCAACUGCUACUUCGAAAUCGACUAUCGCUGAUCACCCGGACACACCAAAGCGCAAGCAGGUUCGUAGGUCGGCAGUGCGCGCUUGUAAGCGCCGGCUUUCAAAGUCCUCGGAUGAGCUAAAGUUGGUAACCAAAAAUCAAACAGAGAAGAUUGAACCUAUAGAAUCAGUCACUGAGGGCAAGGAGCAAACUAUCGAUCAGAGAAAAUUAAAUGAUGACAAAAUGAUGGAAGAAUGGUUACGCUUACGAAAUGCUAGUACUAGCGACCUCGAUUCUCGUUUGCGUCAGUUAAACGCUGAACAAAACGCGUCAAUACCCAAGUCUGCGCGUAGAGUAAGGUCUACCCCAGCAAAAAAGCGCAAGUUGAGGCAAAAAAAGGCCGUUGUUUCAAAACGUAGGCGAAAAAAGGCGGCAGCACUUGCUUUGCUAGAUCACGAAAGGAAAAUUAGUUUGAAUGCCAGUGUGGAAGUUGACGAAAGUAAAGAGGACAAUGAAAGUGACCAACUGCCAGUAGAGGAAGCUGUAAUCAAGGAAAAAGAUAUUAAAUCAAAGAGAACUCGCGAGAAAAAGCGCACGGUUAAGGACAGAUCCAUGGAGUUCAAUAUUAAAAUUCCGACGCCACAAAAAGAUAAACGUGAAUCCUUGUUGAAAAUGAGAAGUGAACGCACGACCAGCGACACCGAUGAAUUGGCAACACAUCCGCCCGCUGAUGCUGCUGAUAGCCCAACGCUGCAAAAUCGGACUGAACGAACGGAACAGUGCAAACCAACUGUGCAAAGGACUGAAAAUCGCUUGGAACACGAACGCGAUCGCCGCACAGCCAAUAUUGCUUGCUUGCUAGAAACGCCGUUUAAGGCGCCUACAACAUUGGGUGAGGUACCGCCGACGCCUGGCAUGCCGGUGCCCAUUUUAGACACACCUGCAUCGAAAUUAGGGGAUAUUCCUCUUUCAACGUCAUAUCUUUUUGGUUCCUUAACAAAAAGCGAACUAGAAACACCCCAAUUGAGCGCAAUAACGCCCGGAAUCCGUUUCACACCUUUCGGUUCAAGUCGGGAUGUGACACCACGCAGCGUUGCGCCUGCGACUGAUUACUCCUCCGGUGGCUCGUACUAUAAACCUGAUGAAUCCGAUGAUUUGGACCGAAAAUUCGACAAACUUCUAAAAGACUCAGCGCAAAAGCAGAAGCAAAAAGAAGAGGAAAAGCAAUCCCAUGCAGCAGAGGUUAAAAAUUUACUAUUCGAAGACCAAAGGGAGACGACAGAACUGCACAUGGAGCAAAAACAGGACGCCAUUUGCGUUGAAAUACCCGCUGAGAAGCUAAGAGUUGAACCGAUAGUACUGAAACGUGUAAAAUCAUUUGGUGCCGAAGGCACGGAAGAUGGCGAAGGCGCGACAGCGUCUAUAAAUAUCGAUCCACAUUACAUGCUCGCCUCUGAAUUGCCUGAAAUUUGCGCCGAAGAAGAGUCGUCAAAUUCAUCUAGCACAUUUUCGAGCUCGUCCUCUUCGUCCUCAUCGAAGCGAGAGAAAGGUAAGAGUCAACCAACAAAGUCUCCAUUAUCUGCAGCCACAUCAACAACGCUGGAGCCACAUCUCGUCCAGGAGGAGAAACGUACCAUGGAAGUGCUGACAGCGCUGCAAUUGUCUGCGAGGAAGUCUCAGCAAACAAGGGUGAGUGAGCCGAAGACGCGAACAUCUGCUAUAGCACCGCUGAUAAGUGCCCUAGACGAUAAUGCAACAUCAACGCUCUUUUCAAGCGCCACAACAUCCUCAUCUAUAACAACAACAUAUGAAUUAACAGAGAAAUCUGACCGUUUGCCGUUGAAGACACUGAUUUCGAAGGUGAAAGCCAAGCAACGGCAAUGCUUGCGAAUUGAAGCAUUACCGGUAUUGAAGUCAACACGCUCUUCGGGAGCUGGGCGCAAGAAAAUUGUACGUAAUCCACUUGGCUUCAAGGGCACAACAGCAGGAGAGGCGGUUGAAAUAGCAGGGCGAAUCGACGAAGUGAAGUCGCCUCGUAAGUUGGCAGAGAAGGUCAGAGAUGAUAGCGAUGGAAGCCCAGAAGACACGCGUGCUGGUAUUAGUCCGGUGCCAAAAAUAAAAAUUAAAACAACAACAACAACAACAACUGCAGCUACGAGUAGCAAAAUACGUGUUUCGCCGCGCUUAAAGGGUAUCAAGAAUGCAAAGGCUAAGGACUGUAAUGCAGACGAUCUAGAAGAAGUUCAAACUAAACCAAUAAAAAAACUUAAAACAACCAAAAGUAUGAAGACCAGGGCUACUACGGCUAAAUCAUUGCUAGGAGCGCGAAUUAAAAUCUCGCCAGGGCGGCCAAGAAUAACGAAAAGUCAAGAGGCAACGCAAAAUAUGCAAUGUGAAGCAGCGAGGCUUGCAAUCGAACAAGCGCCGCAUGAAGACACGGUCCCAAUCCAAAAACCAGUUGACGCGGAAGUUCCAAAAACAGCCUCAGCGCAAAAAAAGGUGCCUGCUAAGGAGACUGUAGUUAAUACCCAAAACGGUGAUAAAACAGAGAACGAGAAAAAGAGCGCUGCUGAUAUAGCCGAAGAAGGAAAGCAGUCGGGAAAAACAACUAAAACAUCCAAAACACCAUUUGAAUCCAUGAAAUUGGCCAAGGAUGCUGAACAAGCUAAAACUAACACAGACGUUCCCAAAGCCAAGGAAGUUGCGGAUCAGACUGAGGCAUCUAAGACAAAGCCAACUAAACCCAAUAAACAUUUGCCAGAUGAAAAAUCAGUCGCACCAGAAAACACAGAAAAAAGUGCUGCGGUUAAAAAGGGAGAUAUGCCAAAACCUAAAAGGAUGACCACAGAAAGCGAUAGUCGAGCCGCUGAUAUUCUAAAGGCAAAAUUAACUAAGCCCGAAAUCCAACCAAUCCAAAAAGCUGAGUCCGCUGAUAAGCAAAAAUGGGCUGUCCAAAAAGGAAAUAUCGAAGCGCAGCAGAAAUCAACUGCGCCGAAAACGAGAGAGA